AUGGCAGGACAGACAUCCCCUUCAGACUGUUCUCAUCUCAUUGACCACAGCCACGUCGCUGAGUUUGAGGUGUCUCUUUGGGUCAAGAUCACUUUGGCCUUAGUGUAUGUCUGCAUCUUUGUUGCGGGCAUCCUGGGCAACAGCAUCACCAUCAAGGCCACCCGGAUCCUGCAGAAGAAAGGCUACCUGCAGAAGGAGGUCACGGACCACAUGGUGAGCCUGGCCUGCUCUGAUCUGCUGGUCAUCCUGCUGGGCAUGCCCGUGGAGUUCUUCAGUGCCAUCUGGAGCCCCUUUUCCGCCCCCAAUGGCGACGUGGCUUGCAAGCUCUACUGCUUCCUCUUUGAAGCCUGCAGUUAUGCCACUGUGCUGCAUGUGGCCACCCUCAGCUUUGAGAGGUACGUGGCUAUCUGCCACCCCUUAAAGUUCAAGGCAGUCUCUGGACCCCGCACGGUGAAGCUGCUCAUCGCCUUUGUCUGGGGUACCUCUGUCAUAGUGGCUCUGCCCCUGCUCUUUGCCAUGGGCUCGGAAUAUCCUCUGGAAACCAUCGAGGGCUACCGAGGUCCGACUGCCUGCAUCAAGCCUACGCCCAGGCACCACGUCCUUCAGGAGAAGGAAAAUAUGACCAUCUGUACCAGCCUCUCCUCCAAGUGGUCUGUCUUUCAGGCCAGCAUCUUCAGCGCCUUCAGUGUGUACAUCGUAGUGCUGGGAUCCGUCACCUUCAUGUGCCACAGCAUGAUGAAAACCCUGAUGAUCCACAAAGAAGCAACUGUGGCAGUGAAGGGUGGACUAAGACACCAGGAGCAGUACCUAAGAAAAAGUGAGAGCUCGGAGGCCAAGAACUCCAGGAGACAGAUCAUUAUAUUCCUGG